AUGGCCGUUUCUGAGAAAGUCAACCUUGGCCGCAUCUCGUACGUAAUUUACGAGCACCCGGACCUUACGAAAUUCUUGGCGUUCGCCGAUGACUUCGGCUUCGAGUCUACGGGUGUCACUGAUGAAGACGGGAAUCUCUUUCUGCGGGGCUAUGGACCGGAUCCAUAUGUCUAUGUCGCUCGCCAGGCGCCCACAGGCCAAGCUAAGAGGUUCCUUGGAGCCGGAUUCACAGCGCGGACUAAGGAGGACUUCGAAAGGGCAUGCGGAUUGGAAAAAGCUCAACUGAAGGAUAUCUCGAAGCGACCAGGUGGAGGGAAGAUGGUUAGCGUUCCUGACGUGAACGGGUUUGAAAUUCAAGUUGUAUAUGACCAGAAGGACAGAGUCGUGCCGGAUAGGGGGCUGUCAAAUGUUGUUAGUGGACAACCGAAUGUGAACGGAGCCAUAAUGAAAGCGAGAAAAGGUGUUUUCAAUCGCUUGGACAGUGGUCCAGCCAAGAUCCACAAGCUCGGUCACUUCGGCUAUAUGACCGAUAACUACACUAAGACUUGUGCUUGGUACUCUACUCACUUCAACUUCAAGUCGACUGAUAUCGUUCACGUACCUGGGGACCCGUCCGAGGAGAUUAUGAACUUCUUCCACCUUGAUCUCGGCCCCGAAUACUCAGACCAUCACUGCCUACUAGUGGCAGCUCACCACGAAAAUGGCAAGGGAACAACCGUUCACCACUCGUCGUUUGAGGUAGAGGAUAUAGACACGCAGAUGAUGGGCCACGAAUGGCUUCAAGAUAAAGGCUAUAGGCUAAUGUGGGGUGUAGGGAGACAUAUUAUGGGAUCGCAGGUCUUUGACUAUUGGUAUGAUUCUACGGGUUUUAUAGUAGAGCACUACGCAGAUGGUGAUGUGGUUAAUCAAGACACACCAACAUCGAGGCUUGCGGGAGCUGCAGCUUCCAUCUGGGGUCCUCCUGUCCCAGUGAAGUGGCAUUAA